UCGAUGUAACCUCACUACGAAGAGAUAAACCGAGUGAAGGGGUGCAUCACCUUCGGCAGUCGGAAAGAUCUCUUCAGCGGUGAUGGCUGCAGCCGACUCGGAGCGGUCAUUCGAUCGAAUAACCACCUGAAAGUUCCAUGAAACGCGUGCUUUAGGGUUGGCGGAGAACUGUUUUGGAUAUGACUGAAACCAACAUCGUGCACGAAUGGCUGAAAGCCAUGCAUCUGGCCCAAUAUUCGGACAGUUUUAUUGACAAUGGAUACGAUGAUCUUGAAAUUUGUAAGCAAAUAGGUGAGCCGGACUUGGACGCUAUUGGAGUGACCAAUCCUGCCCAUAGGGAAAUAAUCCGUCGUGCGGUCAAACGAUUGGUGCAAGAAGGUGGUACAGCAGUGUACUUUACUCUCGAAGAACAACAACUCUAUCUAAACACCCAAAGUAGUUCUGACGAUUACGAAAAUUGUACUAAUUUUGGUGCAGCCGGGGCUUCAUGUUCUUCGUCCCCAUUACCUUCUCAACGACGGCCAGCUUUUAUCCGGCAUCAAUCUGUUCCAUCGAAUGCCCGUGGAACUAACAGCAAGCCUAAUUAUAGGCAUAGGAAUAAUAACUCUAACCAUAUUACUGUGGAGACUACGUCUUUGGAUUCUUUAACUGGUUGUAUGCCACGAAUUUGUGGAUCGUCUGAUCCAAACAGUAGUGAUGGACUUUACCAGUGGACGUACACACCUGGCUCUAAUGGUCAACGGUCUCCUGUUGUCCAAAGAAGCACUUUAAGAUAUCUUCGAGAAGAUGAAAGAAUUAUUCAUAAUUGUGAACCUAAGAAGUCAGUAGCAUCGUUGCCUAGGAGAUUAGAGAAAGAUAGUUCGAAAUUGCCUAAGAGGAACAAUCCAAUGGAUAGUGAUAAAUCUAGAAGGAUACUGACCGACAGUGAAGACGAUAGUGUACCCCCGCCCCCUCGUGUACUCUGUGGUCGAAGGUAUAUUGAUGAGUAUGAGGAGGGCAAAGCUGAACUGGGGCGUUACCCUAAGAUGCAAUUAAAGAACUUGGUCAAAGAAAAAUUAAUUCGAGAUGGAAUUCGAUUGAGCGCUCAGCCCUACUCCAAUCCGGAUGGGAGCCGGGGUCAGUUAGAAACUCUAGCCACGAGGUACGCCGACGAGCUUCGCACCCACUAUAAAGACGUCCUCGCUAGGCUGGAAGAAAUCAGGAAACGAAGAGUUGCCAUCGACUUCCCUCCCCUUCCGCCCCAAAGUGAUAGUCUAUCCUUAAAGUCCUCUAGGAACUUCAAACCAGGAAAAUAUUCGCCGUCCAGCUGUCUCAGUGACCACGAAGAAGAAAGUAUAUAUUGUGUGUACGAAGUUCCUCCUAAUUUCUCUUCCGAAAACCCGUCCUCCAAUAUAGAUACUCCAGAUCCCCUUAGGACAACUAGGCCACAAAGGUGUCUCAGUCCCCGUUCCAGAAAUUUUUAUGAACCCUGCCCGUUUCCAGCUUCUGAUUCGAAUUCAUCAACUGAACAAUCUUCAGACCAAAGUAAGAAAAGAGGUCCCCUAGGAAGACUCUUUCGGAGCUUAGGUCCAAAGAAAGACAAAGAAAAAGUCUCCCCUAGACAUAAAAGUGCCAAACCUCAACAUCAUCUAAAUGUCAAGUACCUGGCAGACGGUUCUCGACUUCAGAUCGGUGAUGGUAUUGGCCAAAGUUCAGAAGACGAUCAAGUGAGACUCCUUCUCCAACUAGUGAAGGAUGGAUUCCUAUCUAUGGAGGACGCCAUGGACAGGAUACAGCCUAAGGAAAUAGAAAAGCAAUUUAAAGAUAUUAGUAUUCAUGAAAAAAUUGAAGACUGUUCUAAUCGACUGGAACCUUGAGAAAAGGGGAAUUACAGCUAUCUGGAACAUUUGGAGAAAAAAAUAUUUCCCACCGGUCAUGGGCCAGUGCAUCUGUCUAGGAAAUCCCAUUUGUAAAAACUAAAAGUGAAAAAUACUGUCCCUUUGGAACACUUGCAACGUCACUUCUGGGUUCUUGAAAAUGAAAGAUACUUGUCGAUUUACUUUUUGUUUAAGGUAUUCAUCAUCUUGAAGCUUAAAAUUUAACCCUCAUUUUUUAAUUUUAAUUUAUAAAUAGUGUAUCAACUAUUUAUUAAAAAACACAACCUGUUUAAAAAAAAAAUCCAUUAGCAUCAAUGAAAGGAACAAAAUAAAUUAAUAAAAUUAGUGAAACAAAAGAUUCAACCGUGAUGCAAUUUAAUAUUUUUUUUAUUUAAAAGAAAAUCUAUAAGAAGCAUGUUAAAAAUAUCCAAAUCGUUGGAAAAACCAUAAGAAUAUUAUAGAACAUUAUUAAAAUAGCUUUAAGAAAAACUUUUAACGUAAUUUAAACUAAUAAAAUUAAUUUACAAACGCUCGCUCGUAAAAUUCUGAUAACUAUUAACGAAAGCCUGAUGUAGCAAAAAACUAUAUUUCUGUACAAUCAAAUAAUUAAAAAUAAAAGAAGAGAGAUCACAAUGAUUAUUGAAAAUCGAAUGAAACGUAUAUGGUAGAAAGUAAAAUAUUCUAAAGGUUGUAACUAGUUUUUUUCAAUAAUAAUAAUAAUGUAUAAAAUGCGUAAUAAGCUAUUUUUGUAUUUUUUCAAUCAGCUAACUUUUAUUUUUAUUGAAGGGAUCUCAUAUAAUGCUUGCAGUAUUCUACAAGUUGAUCCUUUGAAUUUAAAUAAAAGAAACUUGAUUGCUUUUUAGUUUAGUGUUUAAGAAAGCCAAAAAAAAAAUUUUUUUUAAGUAAGACAAAGAUUAGCAUCAUUUCUGAUAUGCCUUUAAUAUAAAUUUGCCUAACUUCUGAUAAGCAAUCCAAAAAAAUUUGAUUGAAAAAUUACACCAAAGUUAAGAGUUGCAUCUUCAAAGGUAUAUUCUUAACGUUUUACAAAUAAAUAAAAGGUGAUAAAAUAGUAUUCGGAGUAAAUAAUAAUAAUGAAAUUUUACUUCCAUUCAAUAUUUAAUAAUCAAUUAAAGCUAACUAUUUUGCGUUGUAAAUUUGCUUGGACACUAAACAUAAAUAUUAUCAUUUUAACAUUAAUUUAUUAAGUUUUUUUUUUCCAGAAAUGGGUAAACCAGAAGAAAUUGAUUCUGAGUGAACUAAUAUUUUUUUUUUACUUUAGCAUUUGCUAGGAUAAAAUAAAAUCUUGUUACCAUUUUCAAUUGUAAAAUGAAAUCAUAUAAAGCUUGAAAAAUCGUUUUUCCUCAUCCCCCCCUAAAAUUAAGCGUUAUUCAACAAUGAACAAUAUUAUAGUCGCCAUAAUAAAAAUUAUAUUUUAAAAUUACAAUUUUUCUUAACCAAAAUUUACAUUUUUAAAAUAAUUCAUACAAGCCCUUAUAACUUACAUGAUAUUCAUUGAAAUAAAAGUAUUCAUAUUCACCUCGAUCUACUUGUUCAUUCGAAAAUCACUUUAAUACAUAUUUGAUUUAAUUGUUUAAAAAUAUUUAAUAAUUUUCAAGUGUUUUAAAAGGAACAUUUAUAAGCGUUAUAUUCUUAAUUGAAAAAAUAUCAUGAUUUAAAAAAGUAAUUAAAAAUGCUUUUCUUUGAUUUGUAACAAUUUAACCUAAUUUUCACAAAAGUAAGCAUUAUUUUAACACUGUUUUAAGCUUAAAAGAUGAUGACCACUUUCAACAAAGAUUUUAAAAUGAAAUUGCAUUUGUGUGCAAUUAUGUGAUAUUUGAUAACGGCUUCGCUUAUCUUGCUUUUUAGUUUAUUUUGAAUUUCCAUUUCAGUCAAAUACAAGCGUUUGAAUUGUAUUUCUAUAGAAUUUUUUUUCCCUUUCAUUCGAUCAAAUUUUUAAAUCUGAAAUGAGAUAAAUGCAAUUGCGAGGAAUUAUGCAAAAACAAUCAACGGGUCAAAUUCAACUUUCAUAUCACAAUUAUUUUAUCAUUGUUUUCUCUUUAAAUUUGUUGUCAUUGUAGGACUGAAAUAAAUUUUUUUACACUAAAAAAAUGUGCCUACCUGUUUUAGAAUUUGUUUCGUAAAAAUACAUUAUUAUUUUCUCUGUGACGUCUAUGUAGGAAACAAUUUUAAGAAACUUAAAACAGCUUUAGAUAUUUUAACUUAGUUCUUCUAAGUUAUUUUUCGAACUUUCUUUAAUACGAAAUUAUUUUAAAAUAUUAUUGUAGUAAUCGAAAUUUAAUACUUUUAAAAAUACUCUAAAAUGGUCAGAAAUCUUUGUACCUCAAAUAAUUUUUUAAAUAAUUAUUAAAAUGGUAUCGCUUAAAUACUUUUUUUAAUAUUUUUCUAAAUUUUAAUCGUGGAAACUUUUUUAUUCUGUACAUAGUGUAUAUUUUUUUAUAAAUCUGGCAGCAUUCCAAGUUACCAUUUAUAAAAUAUUUUGCUGCAAAUGUUUUUGACUUGCAAUUCUCUCAAAAAAUUUUUUAGAAUUUUGACACCCAUUAAAUUAGUACUUUAAAAUAUAUUUAUUUUGUUACUUUUAAUGGAUAAAUAAGUUAAUAUUAUGAGUUAGUUAAAAACAUUAUAAGUUAUCGUAAAUAAACUGCAAACGAUUUUUAAAUACUUUUAUUUAUUUCUUGGAAACGAUUUUUUUUAGAAUUCCGAAACCAUUUAGAAUAAUAUUUUUUUAAAUAUAUCUAUGCCUACUUUCAAUUUCUUCAAAAAUCACUUCAACCGCUUUUAUUUGACAAAGUGACAUCACUGCCACCCGGUACUAAUUUUGACGACUUUCUUUCUUUUGUGAGAAGGAUAAAAGAAAGAGAAACCUUUGUGAUGUUUUUAGAGAGCUUUAUAUCCGUAUAUAUGUGUUUGCAAUCAGUGUCAGUGAGAAGGACAUCCGAAUAUCUGACAUUUCUCUUUUGUAAAACUUUUUAUAAAACUAUAUUUCUCCAAAAUCAAAACCUUCAGCACGCAAUCAUGCUGACGGAUAAUGUGAACGUGUAACAUGCAAUAAAUUGUUAUGAAAAUGUUUCGCCAAGUGCAGGCUUUGUCGCUUGGACUUUUCUAGUUAAUAAAGUUUUAUUAUAUGAU